AGAAAAUGCGGCGUUCUGUCUUUCUUCGGGAUUCCAUCAAGCAGGUGCAAAGGCUUAUCAAACAGGAUCAGAAUGUGCUUGAAAGGGACAAGUUUACUCUUCACGUUUCUGCUGGAUCAGGCGGAAAUGGACUGGCUCGGUAUGAUGGAAGAGGUGGAAAUGGAGGCAGUAUAUAUCUAACAGCAUCCACUAGCAUGGCAUUUACCGACAUAAAGAAGAAUCUCGGCGGAAAGAUGAAGUUGAAGGCUCAAAAUGGAGGUCAUAGUCAGAAAAUCAAACUCGUUGGAGACGAUGGCGAGCACACAUAUUUCGAUGUCCCAGUCGGUGUCGAAGCUGUUGACGAAGAACGUAAUGUGUUGUUGGCGAGGUGCACUCGACCUUUCCAUAGAUAUCUUAUUGCUAGAGGAGGUGAUGGCGGUAGUGCAAGAAAUCAAUAUAAAGGUGAACCUGGAGAACACUUCGACGUGUCUCUGCAUCUGAAACUUCGUCCAAAUGUCGGUCUCGUAGGAUUCCCUAACGCAGGAAAAUCCACUCUCAUGAAAGCUUUUGUGCCUAGAAAGAGCAUCAAGAUAGCACCAUAUCCAUUCACUACGACCAAGCCACAAGUUGCUUUCUGGGUUGCUGAGAAGCGCAAGCAAAAUGAUGAGGACAAUUUUACUUUGUCUAUUGCUGACUUACCAGGUUUAAUAGAAGGAGCAUCACGGAAUCGUGGCAAAGGUUAUAAAUUUUUAAAACAUUUGGAAUACGCUGACGUGCUAUUGUUAGUGGUCGACUGUCUCGGGUUCCAGUUAUCGAAUGAGCCGGGUGAGCCAUUUAGGACUCCGCUAGAAGUUGUUGCGCUGCUGAACCUUGAACUUGAAAAUUACAGUAAAAAGUUAGUGCAAAAACCAGCGCUUUUAGUUCUAAAUAAAAUCGACAUCGUCCCUGAUGAGAAGAAACCCAUGCGCUUGGCUGAGAUGUUCCGCAAGUUUGAUUGGCCACUGCAGUUGCCGGAAGAGAUGCGUCCUCGUAAUCCACUCCAGUUUGACUAUGUCAUUCCUGCUUCUGCCAAACUCGGAGAUAUUGGAGAGCUGAAGCGAGCCCUUCUGAGGACAUACAGGAACGUGCGCCCCAGUAUUGUGCCUAUGGAUGUAUUAGAAGAUGAAGAGAAGAGUUUGUUAUAGAAUAAAUAGCUUUAUUAU